CGAUUUUUCUCGUUAUAUACGAGAUUGUGAGAAAUCAUGGCGGACACCGGCGAUGAAAAACAACAAAAAAUGGAAGUGGACUACAGCUCCACCGUAGAUGAAAAACUGCCAAAAUGUGAAAAGCUUGCAAAGCAAGGGAAGUUGACAGAGGCACUUGAAACUUUAUUGUCACUUGAAAAACAAACCAGAACUGCUUCUGAUACACAUUCCACAAGUCGUAUUCUGGUUGCCGUGGUGAAAAUGUGCUUUGAAGCCAAGAACUGGGAUGCUUUAAAUGAGAACAUUAUACUCCUUACCAAGAAAAGGGGACAGAUUAAGCAGGCUGUGACAAAAAUGAUACAAGAGGCCUGCACUUAUGUAGACAAAACACCAAACCUAGAUAUAAAACUGAAACUCAUAGAUACUUUACGGACAGUAACAGCUGGGAAGAUAUAUGUAGAAAUAGAAAGAGCGAGACUGACACGAACCCUAGCAAAAAUCAAAGAGGAUGCAGGAAAGAUUGCUGAGGCAGCAACCAUCUUACAAGAACUGCAGGUGGAGACGUUUGGCUCCAUGGAGAGGAAGGAGAAGAUUGAGUUUAUCCUGGAGCAGAUGAGAUUAUGUUUGGCAAAGAAAGAUUACAUCAGGACACAGAUUAUCAGCAAGAAAAUCAACACCAAAUUCUUUGAAGAUAAAAACACCACAGAGCUGAAGUUGAAGUAUUAUCAGUUAAUGAUAGAGCUGGAUGAGCAUGAAGGCUCGUACUUGGCAAUAUGUAAACAUUACAGAGCUGUGUAUGAAACACCAGAAAUUAAAGAAGAUAAGGACAAAAUGAGAGAGGCACUACGGUAUGUGGUACUGUAUCUGAUCUUGGCCCCUUAUGACAAUGAACAAUCUGAUUUGAUUCAUCGAGUGAAAGAAGAUAAACACUUAGAAGAAAUCCCUGUGUACAAAGAGCUACUGAAAUGUUUCACGACAGCUGAGCUGAUUAACUGGAAACAGUUGUGUACUACAUAUGAGAGUGAAUUGAAGUUUGGCUCCGCCUCAAGUCCUGCUACUCAUGUGUUCAAUACAAAGUUGGAGGGAGGAGCAAAGAGAUGGACGGAUCUCAAAAAUAGGGUGGUGGAACAUAAUAUACGAGUGAUGGCCAAGUACUACACAAGGAUAAGGACAAAGCGAAUGGCAGAACUUCUAGAUCUGGCAGAAUCGGAAACUGAGGAGUUUCUCUCUACUUUGGUAGUAAACAAAACAGUGCAGGCCAAGAUUGAUCGCCUGGAGGGAAUUGUGCAUUUCAGUGAACACAAAGACCCCAGUGACAUCCUUAAUGAUUGGUCAUUUAACAUAAACACCUUAAUGCAACUGGUCAACAAAACUAAUCACCUGAUUACAAAAGAGGAAAUGGUCCACAAACUCCAUUAGUGCUAAAUUUCUGUGUAAAUACCUCUAAAUUUUACAGUGUAUCAGUGGAUAGCUGUGUUGUGAUAUACAUGUAAGGAAAAAUUCCUUAUGCCUUCAUACGUUUCACAUGAUUUAAAAACUAAAUAAAUAUUAAUAUUGU